UCUCCGUCUUUGCUUAUGUCACAAGAGUUUCCUCGGGUUCUUUAUCUCUCUCUCUCUCUCUCUCUCUAUAUUUCUGUGAGUCCCGUCUCUGAAGUCUCUGACUGAUCGGUAUAAACAGGACAUGAACUCUUCCCACAUUUAAAGCGCAAUCUUUCCUCUUCCCCUUUCCCUUUCACUGAGAAUACAGAAAGAAAACCAAAUCCAAACCUCUUUUCCAUCUCUCUCUCUCUCCUUUCAUCUUUUCCCUCUCACUUUCCCGCUGGUUUCCAUUUUAUGCCCUGCCUCCUCCUCCUCCGUUUUCAUCACUCAAAAGGGAAGAAAAAAGAACCCAUCUUUUUUUUUAUUCCACCCUUUAUUCCCUGCUAUAUUUAUCUCACCGAUUCCGCUGCAAUUUCCCAGAGAGAAAUGGGAUUUUCCGGGAAAUCUCAGCCGGUGGAUCACAUGGGUUUCGAUUCCGACCCUAAAAAAUCAUGGGUCGUCGCCGGAAUCUCACUACGUGCGCCGUUAAAGCCGUUGUAUACAAAUCCGGUAGAGCAAGUUGACGGGGAAGAGUGCUCGACGACUCCCACGGCGGAAGAAGCCAGGAUUCCGGCGAGGCUGACGUGUCCGCCUCCUCCCAGAAAACGUAAAGCUGCUGCUGCUUCGAAAUGCAAAUUUAAUGGUGCUCGGGAGUUCUUCACUCCUCCAGAUUUAGAAACCGUGUUUAUACGACGCCAUGUUGAAAGGGCCAACUGACUUUUGAAAGUUUCGAAUUUAAGAUGCACUUCUGGCUCCAAUUUCUUUGCCUUUUUUUAGUUUUUGUUGCAUUUUUUUUUUAGUCUGAAGUGAUGGUCUUUAGGAUCUUUGUAUUCGGAAGGUAGCUAGGAGAUCAUUAUGUAUAGGGUAAUUAUUAUAAAUAAAUAAAACUUCAGAUCUUAGCUUAAUUGCUUCAUGAA